AUGCGUCUUCCUGUUAUCCGCUACGGACUUUCAAAGCCUUAUCCCCAAGAAUGGCUGACCCCAGUUGUCGUGGCGGGCGCGAUCAUCGUCACAAUCAUCUCCUCUUUGAUCAGUUUCGCGUCGAGCGGCUACAAUCUGGAGGUAGUCUACUCUAGCGACCCCAAUGCCACUGCUAGGGAGGUCUGGAUGAAGAACAUACCUUGGCUCUUGACAAACAAAAGGACUCCUACAUGCCAGUCCACAACAAUUCCCAUCAAUGAAAAGCUCACCACCAACAACACUGCCCUAACCUACACCUUAACUGGAGUGUCACAGGAGGGCGCCGAGAAGCACGCAUCUGUUCUGAUCUACCACAACAACCUACUCCACAACUGUUCGGUUGAUGCAAUAGAGUUUCGCCUGGAAUCACUCGAGAGGACCACAGCCCAAAUUGCCAUAUCGCCCUGGGGUGUAGACCUACUUGGAUACGUUGGCUGCAUUGUUGCCACGCCAGAUGGACCGACCUUUGUCAAUCUAACUGCUGAGUACAACUAUGUCCCUGACACUGUCUCUGUGCUGGGAGGACAGAAUGCGGUCUUUGUUGGGAGGAACCAAACCACAAAAGCAAGCCUGUUCUGGGGUGAAUCUUUGCUCGCCAUGUAUUGGACACAAGCGAUGGUGUAUCUGAAUGUGGAGUGGGGAGCAGAGAGAGCUGGUCAGAAUGACGAUCUUGGCUCUACCUGGGUCAAAGGAGUCAUGGCGAUGACACCAAAUCCGUCGACCGCGGACUUAACCGACCUCACCUACUACAAUUCCAGCGUUUUCUGGAUCACCAACAUCACCGGGCUCACGGGAGAAUACUGGGUCGAUCCAUUGAUGAAUCCGAACGAUCCCGCGUCCUUUUCUUUUGCUACCUUAUGGGGAAGGCAAGCUGCCCCUGCGGGCCUUUGGAUCGCUGCAGACAGUCUCGCAAAGUCGUUCCAGUCUACAAUACUCACAGACCUUGGUCAAAACUCUGCUCAUGAUAAUAUUCUGAACGAGCCCACUUUACUUCAGCACUUUACCGCCAAUUUCUCAAGCAUCAUAUCCCAAAACAACAACUCCCCGGGAGCAUUAAAUGUUGGCCCAACACCUGGACCUGCACAAACCGAUUAUGAAUCAUUCAAAGCAAGCACUGGACCCAUCGGGGUCGCCCCUUCUGUCCUAGCCACGACAUAUCUUUGCUCAGUGCCUCACCAGAAGUCGUUCGCAGAAUUAGUCACUUCUAUUCUUGUGGCAGAUCUUGUCUUCUUGCAGGCGGCGUGGUGGUUAUUCAGAACAGGCAUGGAUAAGCUUAUGGAAAGACGAGAUUCACAGACCCAUUAUUGUGCGGGAUGCUCAUCAAGGCCUCGAGGCAGUCCCGCGUUUGAGUCAGAGUCGAGCAUAUCUUUGUUGAAGCUAAAUCAGCCUGGUAUAUGGGAAAGACCGGAGCAUGCGUAA